UUUGGCACCGAACGGUCUACGAAAAUGAGCGAUUUUUCCGCCCGCACUUCCGCUUCCUGCUCUUCCUCUUUCCGCAGCGCUGCUGCUAGUUGUUAUUUAUUUUAUUGUUAAACAUUAAAGUGCUACAACAUUGUUUGAUGCAAGUGGCCAUAUGAGCAUCGAAUGCUUUUUAUAUAAAACUAGCGAAAAAUCAGCAGGAAAGCAAAGAAAUGUAUGAGGAUUGGUAGUGAGACACGGAGAUGAUGAGUUUCACCAUUACGUUGGCGCUACUGCUAGUGGCGGUUCUGAUCCUGGGCAUCCUGUUCGCCUGCCACUGUCUUGGUCCGAGGGCCGCCAACUGGAUGCGGAUGCGGUCCAGCAAGGAGGAGAAGAUCGGGUUGUCCAACCACAAGCAGAAGCUCUUCCAUGCCAAUGGAUAUAUGGCCAGUAUUCAAUCCGGAUCGGAGUUCCUGCUGAGCACCAGCGGCAGCUUCAAGCGCUUCGACACCAUCGACAAGGAGGACUUCAACCGCUCGCAGCAGUCGCACCUGCUCCUGAUGAACGGCUGCGGAGGCAGAGGUGGAGCGGUGUCGAUAACCGGAUGCUCCAGCGUCCUGGAGAAGACCACGCCAAUGUGGAACCCGCCCCCGGGGCACAUUUACAUUCCGCCACCGCCAGUUCGACCGGCUCCCACUCCGAAUGGCAAAACGGUGACCUUCUCCUUCACCCAGGUGAACGAGGUCACCGAGGUGACCUCAGCCGACCAGGAACGUCGCUCUUGCCUGCGUCUGAAUGGUGGAUCUGUGGGUGGAUUUAAGAAUGGACCCAAGGUUGGCUCUGUGGGAGGCUCCAAAGACGCAUCUACGGGUGGCUCACUGGGCGGUGUCCUGCCCCAACCACUGGAGGCACCACCUCCGGCCAGGCUCACCUCCUCCGUGACCGUGAGUUUAUCAGGCACGGCCAUACCAAGACCCAUUGCCAAGCGACAGGUGUCCUUGCAGCAAGGCAUCAAUCAGGACAAGACCCUGGUGACUCCGGCGCUGGAGGGUGAAAGGAAAACGCCAGCCCUAAAACGGAGAAACUCCAGCACCAAUCCCUUUCUGUGCGAGUCCACCGAACAGGUGCCCCUUUCGGAUCCCCUAAAUGCAACUGUUACUGCAAAUACAACCACUCCGGCAAUGGCAACGGCAACGGAAACCCCAAAUGCCAAUGGCAAUCCCUUCGUGGAAAGCCACAGUCUGUCCAGCAGACUGCUGAAAAUGCACAACACCACGAAUCCAUUUACUGGACUCACGCAACGCGUCAAGGGACCGCACCUCCUCCAAAAGACCAUCUCCGAGGACUAUCUCUUCCGGAAAUUCAAUUCCGGUGUCAAUGGUCACAGUUCCAUGGCCAAUGGCAAUGGACUCAAUCAUGUCCACGGACAUGGAAAUGGCAAUGGCAACGGCAACGGCACCUGGUCCUUUGGACGCUCCCUGCUGAGACAGGACUCUACUUUGAGUCUGGGCAUGGGCAUGGGCUUGGGCCUGGGCAGGCGGAACAGCUCACAGAUCUCGCUGGACUCUGGUUCGGGAUCGGGAUCGGUGGUGGGUUCGAUGGACGGCAUCCAUUUGGAAAGAGCCGUCUCCUGUGAUUCGGUCACCUCGGAUUCGACCUUGUUCCUGGAUCAAUUGGAUCAGCCCUACACUCAGAUAACUGGCUACUUGUGCAUUGGCCUCAACUACGACAAGAACAGCAUUAGCAAUGAGGGCAUGGAACUGACUGUUAGUGUCCUGGAGGCCAAGGGACUCAUUUGUCCCUUCAGCGUCGAGUCUCUGGACACAUUUGUGCGCAUCUACUUGGUGCCCGAUCAUCCCGGUGCCAUGCAAACCAAGGUGGUAAGGGCGGCGCUAACACCCAGCUACAACGAGAGCUUCAACUUCUGGCUGCAGAAGAGGCAGGCGCGUCACUCGCUGUGGUUUCACCUGUACCACAACGGCCCCGCCCACACGCUGAUCGGGGAGGCGGAGAUGGAGAUCGGGGAGCUGCCACGCCCCAUCACCACGUGGAUCCCGCUCUCGGAUUCGCGCAAGUGCAACGCGCGCUGGGGCGAGCUGAUGUUCUCGCUGAGCUACCUGCCCACGGCGGAGCGUCUGACCAUCGUGGUGGUGAAGGCCCGGAAUCUGAAGCUGGACGCGGACCAGCCGGUUGAUCUGCCGGAGUCCAUGGACACGGUGAACAGCAUCUUUGUCAAGGUCUACCUAAUGGACAACGAUCGCAAGGUGCUGAAGAAGCGCACCUCGCUGAAGCGCAAGGACCGCAGUCCGAUCUUCAACGAGUCGAUGAUCUUCAGUGUGCCGCCACCCAGUCUGACCACCACCCAGCUUAGGGUCACCGUCUUCGGGGUGACGGCGGCGGGCGGAGUGAUGGCCCUGGGCCACAUCGUGGCCGGCAGCUGCGCGGUGGGCAAGGGCCUGCGCCACUGGCACCAGAUGCUCUCCUCGCUGAGGAAACCGGUGGCCAUGUGGCACGUCCUGCGGCGGGCGGUCAAUCAGCCGAUUUUCACGGGCGGCGCCGAGGCGGUGGUGGCCGCCAUGCAAAACACGCUCCAACGGAGCACCGCCAAGCGGAACAGCAUCGUCUAGAGAUCACAGAUCGCCGAUCGCCGAUCACCGAUCACACCGGCGGCACUGGCUCAUGGAAAUUUUCCACUUCGUUGGCAAACCGAAAUUUACCGCCUUUUAGUUGGAAAAACCCCUUUUCAAAAGGAGAUCAAAUGAGAAAGGAAACCAACUUCGGCAAGCCGAUGUUUGUAUACCCUUGCAGAUACUACAAAAAUUAAAUACUCUUUGAAAAUUACUAUUUUUCGAAUUUCCGCUGAAUUUUUUCAUUUCUUAAGGAGCUAUACGAUAACGUGUAGUUUUAAUAAAUCUAUAACUUUCGUUUUCAUUUUGUUGUUUACCUAUUACUAAUAUAGUGGUCCGAUUCGGCCCAUUCCGACUUAUAUAUUACCUGCAAUAGCAAAAGGGGAAAGUUUCAUUUAUAUAGUUUUAAAAUUUAGAGACUAGAUCGACCCUUCUAGUAAAAUAAAUAUACUCUAUAGAGUCGAAACCUUCACUGCGUUGAUAACUUCUGAAUGAAAUCAGAAUACCAUCUGCAAGGGUAUAAAAAUAAGAAGGGCAAAAAUAGAAAACCUUGUGGAAAAUUGCAUUUACCACACUUUAGCCAUGAGACUUUCUUACUUUUCUACUGCUUACCCACAACCAAACGAGUAUUAUUAUAGAUGGCCGUGUAAUCUAAAAAUCUUUUAAAUCUAAAAAAAAACCCGCACCAAAGGACAAACGAGCCUAUUGACUAGUUAUAUAUACCAAUAUUGUCGCGCACUAAUUGUUAUGUAAAGAUUUAUAUCGAAGAGAUGUACAUUCUUUCUGGAUAUCUGGUAGAUUCAGACUCCAUCAGAGUCACGCACUUGUUGAAAUUUGUCGCAUACAACAAGCGAAAUAUUUGGAGAGCUUUGGGGUUUUCCUAUGCAAAAAAACCAUAUUAUUAUUAUAAGAAUCGAAGAUACUUUCUAGAAGAAUUUUACAAUUACAUUUGUAUUUAUUAGAGUAGUUUUUUUUUGUUUAAGACAAAAACCAGAAAGGUCUUUUCUUACAUUUUAAUGCCCAAAAUUGGUUCAUAUAUUUUGAGAUCAUCUGCCACUUGGGUUCUCAAGUUUCCCACUCUAAUGUAAUCCUACUCCCUGAGUUAUUUUUUGUUUGCUUUGCUAAGGGAAAACUUAGUGAAAUCCAAAUAAGAGAGAUACCAAGGUUAUACAAUUAUUUCGCGAGCUGUAUGAUAUAGUUUAGCGACCAGUGAGCCUGUUAAAUUAUAACUCUAUAGAUAGAUCGUCGUUUGGCAAUCAAUCGUUGUUGAAUUUGAAGCCCAAUCGAAAUCGAAAUUCGAAAUUGAGAAAAUCGAAAAAUUGAAACAUUGAAACUGAGAAAAUUGAAAGUCGAAAGUCGAAAAUCGAGAAACGUUGAGCCCUUUAAGCAUUGUGAUAUGAUAAAAUAGCAAAUGAAGUGAAUUCAGAGUGCGUCUGUGUCAGGAGCGAAGAAUCGUAUUGAAGGAAAUCAGAAAUCAAAAAGUAUUUACGAUAGUUACAUUCCAUAGCCGAGAUGUAUGUAAUAGUAUUAUAUAUAUAGUGUUUGUACUUUUGUGAUUUGCGUUCGUUCGAAUUUUUGUAGAGCCGCGUGUUUUAUAAUUAGAUUUAGUUGGUUCAAGGAUCAAACUUUUUAAGGGGGAAAAUAGAUGAUAUAUACACAACACAAUACGGACACAUUUCGAUUUCCGUUUAGAGAGCGUUUUUUGACAGUUAAGGACAAUAACUUUGCAAGCAUUUAUGAUUCAGUGUAAAUCAAGUAAUUAUAAUUAUCGAACAUUAAUCAAAGUUUACCCCCGAUUAUUGUCCGCUUGUUAAAACAUCGUAGAUUACAAUGGGACGCACUCGGAGGCACAUAGUCCUUUUUCAAGUCGCACCUGUAUUUUGACCAAACCAAACCAAUCGGAAACCUGGCACACUUCUAGCUGAAGCUUUAAUCUACGAACUCCUGUAAUAGAACUCACUCACCUUUUCGAAUCGCACUUACUAAAUGGAUGUAUAAAGUGGGACAGUGCGUUUCACUAUUGUAAAGUGUUAUUUAAUUUGAGGACAAGAAUUCCUAAUUUAUCACCCUUAAUGGUGAGUUCGAUUACAUAUCUUCAUUUAAAGCUGGCUGACAAUCGCCUAAAUUGGCUAUAAUAUUUCCAAAACUUUAAAGUCCAACUGUCUGAUACUAGUGAAACGCACUGUUCCAAAAAAUAUAUAUGAAAUAUAUACAUAUAUAAAGAAGGCAUUUAAAAGGCAUCAAAAUGAAAAGUCCUGCCCCAAAACACUUACUAGAAUAUAAACCGCUGAGAAUUUUUUUCUUUUUUUACUACUGUUUGUUAGCUAAACUAAUGAAGCGAUAAUGUUAAACUCAUGUUGAAUUUGUAUUUAUACGGAAAUAUAUAUAUAU